AUGCGUUAUUCCCUUCAGUCCGGUCUUAUCCUGGCCGUCUCCCUAGCCGCACCAGUCGUGGAUGCCGAGCGUGUGUUGGGUGCCUAUAUCUAUUCCCGCCAUGGUGAUCGCACCGCGAAGAUCUUUGGCAACACGGAACUGACCGAUCUGGGUUACCACGAGGUCUUUGCGGCUGGUUCUUUCUAUCGUGAUCGCUACAUUGCAUCUGGUUCCGAUAAGCAGAUUGAGGGAAUCAGUGAUGCUAUCGUUAAUGCAAAUCAGAUCUCCGCGAGCGCUCCCUCAGAUGCUGUGCUGCAGAACUCGGCCACGGGUUUCUUGCAGGGCGUGUAUCCGCCCGCGGCCAAGGCAGCCUCGCAAACUCUGGGGAAUGGCACUUCUGUUCAGGCGCCGCUGGAUGGAUAUCAGAUCAUCCAAGUGCAGAGUACCGGUACCAGCCAGGACAGUGAAAACUCCGCUUGGCUGCAAGGCUCCAGUGACUGCAGCAAGGCCACCGUGAGCAGUAACAACUACUACACUUCCAGCUCCUAUAUGUCGAUGCUGGCAUCUACCAAGGAUUUCUAUGCCUCAUUGUCACCCAUGCUGAACACCACCUUCAACGCGGACGAGAUGAGCUUCAAAAACGCCUACACCAUUUUCGACUACCUCAAUGUAGGCUAUAUUCAUAACUCAACCAAGGACUUCCCUCUCCGGGACAACUUGACCACUGAACUGUACGCCCAGCUCCUUCAGUUGGCCAGCAACCAGCAGUUCAACCUCGCUUUCAAUGCGUCCGACCCAGUGCGCGCCAUCGAUGGUGCUGUCUUGGCCGGCGAGAUCCUGUCUCAGCUCAAUGAGACCAUCACCUCGGAGGGCAAGUCCAAGCUCGGUGUCCAAUUCGGCUCAUAUGGUACUUUCAUGUCAUUCUUCGGACUGAUGCAGCUGCCCGCGGCAUCUGUCGAUUUUACCGGCAUCUGUGACUAUGCGUCUACCUUUGCGCUGGAGUUGGUGACCAACGCUACAGGCACUGGUAUGCCUUCAACCGAUGAAAUCAGCGUGCGCUUCAUGUUCCACAACGGCACCAUAACCGGCUCAGAUGAGCCCACCGUCUACCCUCUGUUCGGGCAGGCGAAUAACCUCAUCUCGUGGGACGAAUUCAAGACCCAGACAGAGAAGGUCGCGGUCCUCUCGGACGACCAGUGGUGCACUCAGUGCGGUAACACCGACGGGAAAUGCGCCAGCUCUGCAAGCACCAGCUCAACCUCCGACUCGACCGGCUCUUCUGAUAGCAGUUCGGGAGGUAUUUCGCGUGCCGUUGCCGGUGUUAUUGGCGCGAUGGUGACCCUUGCGGUGAUCCUGGGUCUGGAGGCCCUGUUCUUCCUUAUCGGUGGAUUCCGCAUCUCUAAGCGCCGUAAGGCUGGCCCUGAGAUGAUCUCGGCGGCUGGUGCGGCCGAUGAUAAGAAUUAG